GUUUUAUACUUCACACGCUUGAUUAUUUGUUUUUGACUUUCACGAAAUACAUUGUCUUAAAGGGGACAAAUACGUAACUGUGAGGAUUAGAGGAUGUCUCUACCUAAACGAGAGGUGGAGGAGUUAAGACCAUGGGUGGAACGCACUGUGAAGAAAGUGCUUGGUUUUUCAGAGCCCACUGUGGUCACUGCAGCUUUACACUGUGUUGGGAAAGGACUGGACAAAAGGAAGACAACAGACCAGCUUCGUCCUUUCCUUGAUGAAUCUGCCGGAGGUUUUGUGGAGCGUCUUUUUGAAGCACUGGAGGAGAGCCGCAGUUCCCGUGGUAACAAAGGAGCAGGAGACAAGAACCGCAAAAGAGAUCUUAAGGAUGUGUUUGGUGAUGAAGUGGAGAAAGGUGCAGUGCGAGAAAUAUCUGAAGCAGGAGACGGAACAGCGCCCAAACGUAAACGGGUCCCUCGCUUUGAGGAGGUGGAGGAGCCUGAGGUCAUCCCUGGACCUCCAUCUGAGAGCCCUGGAAUGCUUACCAAAAUGCAGAUUAAACAGAUGAUGGAGGCUGCCACAAAACAAAUCGAAGAGAGAAAGAAACAACUCAGCUUUAGCUCUCCUGUUUCUGCCACACCGUCACAAAUGGAAGCCUCAACAGUGUCACGGCUUCUUGGCACCUCAGCUGCUGCAGCACCUGGUAGUGGCUCAUCUCUUGCCCCUUCCCAGGCUGCCAGCUUUAUGAAUGAUGCCAUAGAGAAGGCCCGCAAGGCUGCUGAGCUUCAAGCACGAAUACAGGCCCAGUUGUCCAUGAAACCUGGAAUCCUGGGAGCCUUGGGGAACACUGGACCUCACAACAUAGUGGCACUAGCUAAUCUACACGCCAUGGGAAUUGCUCCUCCAAAAGUAGAGAUCAAGGAGGUGAACAAGCCAACUCCUCUUAUUCUGGAUGAUAAGGGAAGAACUGUGGAUGCGAGUGGCAAAGAGGUUGAACUUACACACCGCAUGCCCACGCUGAAAGCUAACAUUCGAGCGGUAAAGAGGGAGCAGUUCCGUCAGCAGCUGAAGGAGAAGCCUGGGGAGGACUUGGAGUCCACCUCCUACUUCGAUCAACGUGUGCUUAUAGCACCAUCCCAACGCCCUCGCAAGAGCUUCCGUUUCCAUGAACAGGGACGCUUUGAGAAGAUUGCUCAGAGAAUUAGAACCAAGGCCCAAUUGGAAAGGUUACAAAAUGAGAUUGCCCAGGCAGCAAAAAAGACUGGAAUCCAGGCUUCCACCAAGCUAGCGCUGAUUGCCCCUAAGAAGGAGAUUGGAGACGGGGAGGUGCCUCACAUUGAGUGGUGGGACUCUUAUAUCCUGCCCUCCCACAUAGAUAUAAACACAGAAACCAAAUUUGAUCAGAUGGCGUUGUUUGGUGUGACCAACCUUGUAGAACAUCCUGCCCAAAUUAACCCUCCAGUUGACACAGAUAAACCAGUCACGCUGGGGGUGUACCUGACAAAGAAAGAACAGAAGAAGCUGAGGAGACAGACGCGAAGGGAGGGCCAAAAAGAAGUCCAAGAGAAGGUUCGACUGGGACUCAUGCCUCCACCAGAACCUAAAGUGCGAAUCUCCAAUUUGAUGAGAGUGCUGGGGACAGAAGCAGUUCAGGACCCAACAAAGGUUGAAGCCCAUGUCAGAGCACAGAUGGCCAAGAGACAGAAGGCUCAUGAAGAGGCCAAUGCUGCUCGCAAACUCACAGCAGAGCAGAGGAAAGAGAAGAAGAUCAAAAAGAUAAAAGAAGACAUCACAGAUGGUGUUCAUAUUGCAGUGUACAGAAUCCGUAACCUGCAAAAUCCUGCUAAGAAGUUUAAAGUGGAGGCCAAUGCUAAUCAGCUGUAUCUGACGGGCACAGUAGUUCUGCACAAAGAUGUCAACCUAGUUGUAGUGGAGGGAGGUCCCAAAUCCCAAAAAAAGUUUAAGAGGCUGAUGAUGCACAGAAUCAAAUGGGUGGAACACAAUAGUAAAAGAGAUGAUCCAGAUGGUGAUGAUGAUACAAGGAGAAACAACAAAUGUUGGUUGAUUUGGGAGGGAACAUCCAAAGAGCGCAGUUUUGUUGGAGACAUGAAGUUCAAGCAGUGCCCCACAGAGAACAUGGCCAGAGAGCACUUCAAGAAGCAUGGCACUGAACAUUAUUGGGACCUAGCCCUCAGUCAAAGCGUGUUGGAGACCUCGGAUGACUGAACUCUGGAACACACGGCUAUAGUCGGCACGCCCUCACACGGUCAACCUCACUUCCAGCUGACCCUCACUGCUGACAAGCUGCUGCGUCCAAGUGCCCAGGAAACAAAACCCAGUCAAGAGACUUGAACAAUAAAACCUGUGUGGUUGUUUUUGUGAAGUGUCACAUGAGGGUGUGUGUGUGUGCGCGCGUGCGUGCGUGUGUGAGAGGGUGUGUGUUUGUGUGUGCACCUCAGUGUCCAUCUCUUUGGUGAUAGACUCCUCUAUCAGAUGUUAUCCAUGAUGGAUACAUAUAAGUAAAUCUCAAACCCAAGGCUUUACAUGAGAGGACAAACACUGUCAGAAUAUACUUUCACUUUUUUUUUUUAAUGAGAUCCCUGUGUACACUUAUGUAUGUGUCUAUGAGAGUGAAGCUGGUAAAACAAACAGCCAAUGACUGCACUGUAAUUGUGCUAACACAUGUAAGGUAAACCUGUGAGAUUAUGAGGCUGUAGACAGGUAAACAGGUACAUUUCAAAUGCAUUUUAUUUUCUGUUGGAUAGAAGAGCAAAUAUUGACUCACUUGCAGCUCUUUCUCUGUAAUAUUCUGGUAACAGCCUUAAAUAAACUAACACACGUA